CCGCCCGCCGCGGCGGCUCCGGGAGCCCUGCCCUGGCACCCCGUACCUGGCCCCACCCUGGUCCUCUUGGCCAGGAGCGGCCCGGCAAAGGAAAAGACGAGGGGGUGCCGAAUGAUUAGGGCAGGAAGGCUCAGCCGUCCACCGGGAAGCGGGGAAGGAGGGAAAAGAGCUGCGAAGAGGCAGCGCUGCCCUCACACGGAGCCUUGCGAGCGGGGCCGCCGGGGACUGGUGGUGAGGUGCCCCUCAGGAACCCCAGAUGCGAGAUGCUCCACGCCCUGAGCAGCUGGAGGAGCAACUGUGCGUGCGCUGCGGAUGGGUGAGGAUUUUCACUUUAGCCUGUAGUGGUUUGGCUCUUUUUCUUAAGAUUCCCACGCCAGGAGAAGAGAUUUCGAAGGGUGUAUUGUGGGGUUUCUCCCUCUUGAACGACAUAACCAGGGCAGGGGGGCUUUCCCACAGCGGGAAACUGUCCCCAUGAGCCACAGCAAGAGUUUCCCCCGCACACAUCGCGAGUACUCUGUGCCUUGGGAGCGCUCGCAGGGAGCGCGCCUGGGCAGGACUCCUGCCUUACACGCCCAAGCAUGUGCUGUCCAGGCAGGGAGCGGCUCCCGGCGCCCUGCCCGCAGUGACAGCCACACAGAUCCGCCCUACUUGGUCACGGCGGAAACCGCCGCUACGCUCCCUCCCUCCCAGCUGGGCACAUCUUCCACUUUGGGGAAGGGGGGAGGUUGAUAGGGGGACAGGAGGUGUGUUACGCUGCCAUGCACAGAAAAGCAAUGCUGGGGUUUCUAGGAGCUGGCCCUGGUGGAAUGGGGAGAGUUGCAACAAGCCCCCUCGGUCAUGCCCCUUUUCCAGGCCCGGGGCUUUGGGAGUGUAAUUUAAAUAUCUUUGUGGAUGAGUUAGAGUUGUGCUAAUGACCAGGAGAGAGGAAAGAGUUCUGUCCUAGCUCUGGUCUUACGUACUUUAACAGAGUUCUCUAGAAACGGCGGGCCCGGGCGCAAAGCCCGCCGAGCUCUGCUCACCGCGGCAAGGCAGGAUGCACGGCUGAGGGCAAGGCUGCAGGCAGGGCUGACCUGGGAGCGGGAGUGGCCGGGCUGAGUAGAGAUUGCUUCGUGUGCUGACGCAGCCAGACAUGCACCCGUGAACUGGCCCACAGGGAGCCCUUUAUGCCUUUGUAUCAAGAGGUUGCGCCUAGAAACUAUCUCCCUUGUUGAGAAAGAAUUUGCCUGCGGGUUGCGUGGGACUCUUCCUCUCUCCCCUCACAGUCCAGGUACCCUGGGGAUGUUAGGUAGCCCAGCCGGCCGCUAACAUUUAAGUACAUACUUAAGCGCUGCGCUGGAUCGGGGACACGCUCCUGCGUGGGCUCCGCUCCGGGAGGAACGGCGCAGAGCCACCGCGGGAGCUGCAAGUGCCUGAAGGAGGGGAACAGCAGUUUGGGGCAAGGAGCCGAGUUGGGCACCAGCCCAGGCAGAAAUGCCCCCCGCCGCGUCUCCUGGCCAGCUAAAUGGGUGGCAAGGCAAAGCUGUAGCCCUGCAGCGGCUCGGGCGGGCCGAACACAUUUGAUUCCCCUUGGGAAGGCACAGCAGCUCGUAUAAAAACGACAUUGUUGUCUUUGGAGAGCCCUGUGCGCACUUUCAAAAGCUGAUCCUUGAGUUCCCAGCCCUCGCAAUCCAGUUGAUGAGGAAACGAGCUGCGGUCUUGGUGGCACCGUUUCCAUUGGGAUUGGCACCAUUUGAUUGACAAAGUCUCCCAUUCUUCCACCUCUCGAGUGUUAUCAAAUGGAUUGUGUGGGGUCAGAAGCUAUUGAAGGAACGUCCGUAUAGCCGCAUUCUGCAAACACGGGGUGAAGACCGUGCCUUUCUCAUGAAAAUGCUUCCACCAGGCAAAACGCAUCUCAUCUUCUCUGCUCUACUCCUUAGCAUUUCGUUUUAACUCGAGCAUUUUACUAAGCAGCAUCACCAGGUAGAUCCAGCGGGGCUAGAAACUGCUGUCCGGACCUUACGGGAUGUAGCUGUGCUUGAGUGCGUGUCGAUCUAUUUUAUAAAUCAACGGUCAGACCUACGAAGAGAGUUUCAUCUCUCUCCACAGCGAAGAGGGGAGGAAGAGCUCUCGCCUUGACUUUACGAGACCCCUGCGCAGAGUCAAGGCUGGGCUCUUUCAGGUCAAUUUAACGGACCGAUGUUUCGGCGGCGAUUUAACCUGCCCUCGUUCUAGCGGGAGGGCAACUGAGCUCGACUGGCUGCAGGCGGCGGUGAAAGGGGUCUUGCCGGCGGCGCCCCGGGAAGGCGCAGGGCGGGCGGCGGGGCGGCUCGUAUCCCCCGCAUGCCGCUCCGCGCUCCCCGCCGCCGGAACCGGCGCGCUGAGGCCUUCCCAGCUGCCCCACCUCGCACUCCCUGCAGAGAAAGAGUCGCUGCUUCUGCCCCACAAAUGGCGCGGUCACUGGCUGUCGUUCGUCUCUGAUUCGAGCCGACUGCAACCUCGUUCGCCGCCGAAUCAUGUCGAUGAGCCCAAAGCAUACGACUCCUUUCUCAGUGUCUGACAUCUUGAGUCCUUUGGAGGAAAGCUACAAGAAAGUGGGCAUGGAGGGCAGUAACUUGGGGGCUCCCUUGUCAGCCUACAGACAGUCUCAGGUUUCUCAGCCGGCCAUGCAGCAGCACCCCAUGGGCCACAACGGAACGGUGACUGCCGCCUACCAUAUGACAGCGGCAGGGGUCCCCCAGCUCUCCCAUGCUACGAUGGGGGGCUACUGCAACGGGAACCUGGGCAACAUGAGUGAGCUCCCGCCUUACCAGGACACCAUGCGGAACAGCGCUUCGGCGACAGGAUGGUACGGCACCAACCCGGACCCCCGCUUCUCCUCAAUCUCCCGCUUCAUGGCGCCGUCCUCGGGCAUGAACAUGGGCGGCAUGGGCAGCCUCGGCUCCCUGGGAGACGUGAGCAAGAGCAUGGCCCCGCUCCAGAGCACACCGCGAAGGAAACGGAGGGUCCUUUUUUCCCAGGCCCAAGUUUACGAGCUGGAGAGACGUUUCAAGCAACAGAAAUACCUCUCCGCCCCGGAGAGGGAACAUUUAGCCAGUAUGAUACAUCUCACCCCGACUCAGGUCAAAAUCUGGUUCCAGAACCACCGCUACAAGAUGAAACGCCAGGCCAAAGACAAGGCUGCGCAGCAACAGAUGCAACAGGAGAACGGCUCUUGCCAGCAGCAGCAGUCUCCCAGAAGGGUGGCGGUGCCAGUGCUUGUAAAGGAUGGCAAGCCCUGCCAAGCAGGCUCCAACACACCCACAGCAGCUAUCCAGAGCCAUCAGCAGCAGGCAGCUACAACUAUUACAGUGGCUACCAAUGGCAACAGCCUCGGACAGCAUCAGAGCCACCAGACAAACAGUGCGGGCCAGUCUCCAGACAUGGGACAGCACUCGGCCAGCCCUUCCACUCUGCAGAGCCAAGUCUCCAGUUUGUCUCACCUAAACUCUUCCACUUCUGACUAUGGCACUGCCAUGUCUUGCUCCACCUUGCUAUACGGUAGGACCUGGUGAAAGGAUUAAACAAAGCAAAAGAAAAAAAAAUAUAAGGAAAAAAAAGAAAAAAAAAAAGCAGUUUUUCCCAGUCACACAAAUCUCUGUCCUGUCCAAACUACUGGGUAUUUUUCUUUUUAUUUCUCUUUUUUCUCCUUUCUGUUUCAAAGACUUCACCCCAUCCCUCUGUUUUACCGAGUGGUUCUCUAAGGACCAUUGAGAUAGACUUUUGUAAUUGUUGUUCAGUUUUGUUGUCACUUUUGACGGUUUUGGGUCUUUUUUUUUCCUUUUUUUUUUUCCCCCAAGGUUAUUGUAUGGGGUGUUUUAAAAAAAUCUGACUGAUAACUACGGAGCAGUCGCAGAAAGGGGACCAUCAUUAGACAUGGUCCGAAGGCUUGGAUUUCAGAUGUACACUUUGCCAGCGUCUAGGACUUGCAUGUAAAUACAGAGAUUUGGGGGGAUGGGGUGGUUUUCCCCAAAAAAAUCGCAUUUGCGUCAACCAGACACAGAAGCAGCUUCCCCACCCCCACCCCCCCCGCCCCUCGGUCUCCGCUCCCAGCCCCCAGGGUCAGCGGAUGGAGCCGUGGAGUCAUCAAAGGCUUGGCUUUUUUUUUUUCCUUCCUUACGUUUGAUGUGAAACUGUAGCUGUAUAAUGCUGUCAAAAUCCAUAGUUUUUAGUAGCCUGUAUAUUUUGUUGUAAAAAGAAAAAAAAAAAAAACAAACCUCAGUCAACCAAACCAACCCCCACCUUUUUUUUAUGGACACUGAUCGCCCCGUCGUAAGUCCUCUGGCAGUUUGUUAUUUGCGCACGCCGCCUUCUGUUGUAACUUAUGUAGAUAUUUGGCUUAAAUAUAGUUCCUAAAAAGCUUCUAAUAAAUUAUACUCAUUGCGAA